CUGUGUUCAUGAAUACAUAAUUAAACUGUUCAAAUUAUUAAAAGAUUUUAAAAUAAAAUUUCUAUUAAAAUAAUUAUAAGGUAAAAUUACUCAAGCAAAAAUGGAUACCGAUAAGGACUGUAAACUUAUUCAAGAUGAAACCCAGAAAAUGAUGGAACUCCUGGAACAUCAAAUGGAAGAAAUAUCUUGCCUGGAGGAAAAUAUCAGAAAGAACGAGAACCAUUUCAAGAAUUUGGAAAGUUCAGUUAAGGAUUUUAAGGUAACCGUUAACAAAAACUUCGCCAAUUUCGAAAAUAGAACGAUUUUAAAAACGCACCUUGAAGAUAUGAACAAAGAAUUUAUGUCAGCAGCACAGACACUAUACGCUACAAUAAUACCUUUAACCAAAGUCAUCGAAGUGGAAGAUUCCAAGAUGAACGAGAUGAGCAAAAAAAUUGAAGAAAAUGAAGGAAACUACAAUGUAAUAGUUGAAAAAGUUAAAGAGGAGAAAAAUAAGCUGCUGCAGGCUAUCGAAGAUAAUCGUAAGAUCAAUUUUGAAAAAGAAAAAAGCAGGAAAUCUUUAGUUGAUGAAAAUGACAGUCUAAAGUUGGAACUUGAAAGCUUGAAUAUAAAAAUAAAAGAAAUUAAAGAGAAAUUAGAUCCCCUUAAUUCUAAAGAAGAUGCAGCUGCUCUAAGAACUGAUAUUACAAGAUUGAAUAUAGAUAAUGAAAAAUUAGGCAAAGAGAUACUUGAGCUGGAAACAUUCAGGCAGGCCAAAAUAGAAAAGUUGACCGAAAAAGGAAUUAUUCCGACAAAUCUCACGGAACGUUAUAAAGAAGUAUCUCAACUUCAAGAUGAGUUAAAAACGGCUGUGAAUGUAUUGGAAACAUCUUUGCUUGAACAAAAAAGUUCUGAAACGUUGCUGUUCGAGUUAGACGGUGAGCUAAAGAAGACCGAAAAUGAGUUGGAAACACUGAGAGCUAAUGCAGACUUGAACGAAAUAGAAAGUAUUGAAAAUAGGUUUGCUCAAGAAAUACAAUCUUACGGUGAAAUUUUAUACAAACAUGAAACCCGUUUAACAUUGAACAAAAACUUGGAUAUGGAGUUGACACAAAAGAUAGAAGCAUAUAAAAAUGAUAUUAAUCUUAUAGAUUCAGAUAUUCAGAUGUUGGAAACGACUAUAAAAACACUUGAAGAAAGGCCAGAUGAGGAUAUAUACCAACUUAUGAAGUCAAACGAAGAAUAUCUAGAAGAAUUAACAUCAAAGCAUAAUAAUUUAAACGAAGAACACUUCGUUUGCUUAACGAAGAAGCAAGAGCAGUUUCAAACAUUGAUAACAGAGUUGGAAACAGAGAAUAAGAAUAAGGACGAGUACAUCAAAUCUGUGGAUAAUGAAAUUAAAGAUAUUCUAGAUCAAAUCGUCUACUUAGGAGAAGAAAAAGCUACUUUAGAAAAUGAAUUGAAAGAGCUAGAAAAGCAGUUACAUGCGUUCCGUAUUCCGAAGCCAGUAAAAAAGGCGUCUGUUGCUCCGGUGCCGCCUAAGGCAGUGCGUAGAUGGGACAGUGAUACUUCAGUAGAAAGUGAAGAUUGUACAAGAUUAAAUAAUUUCUUGAAAAAGGCUAAAAUUGUCUCAAAAAAAUGAGAGUAACAUUUUUAUUUCCACUGGUGUUGUAUUAUCA